GUUGUCUCCUUCGUCGACGCCAACCACGUCGUCCGCGAUAUCAUCAUGGAAGAUAACCUGAACCAGACUUCUCCUCUUAAGGACAUGCACGAGAGCAUCUCGGCGUGGUUCCUUGGUCCUCGUGCCGAGAACUACGACCUGCUCAAGCAGCUCUUUGCCGGCGCCGUGGACUCUCACGCGCGCGUCCGCGAGAACUACUAUGCCGAGGAUGGAGUCUUCAUCACCGACUCAAUCAAGGAGUCGAAGACAUACCAGGCGAACGUCACUCAGUUGCGCGAACAAACCUGCCAGAUCGUUGAUCUCCUGAACAAAUACUCCGUGCCCUUCUUUUCGCCUCGUUACGCCGGCCACAUGAGCUUUGAGACGUCUCUUCCGGGAAUAGUUGGGUGGGUUGCCACCAUCCUGAACAACCCUAACAACGUGGCCUUUGAGGCCAGCCCAUUUACCACGCUUGUCGAGUUGGAGGUUGGAAGCGAGCUCUGCAGUAUGCUGGGAUAUCCUAUGGACACGGAGUCUACCAUCCAGCCGUGGGGUCAUAUUGCCUGCGACGGUACCAUCGCGAACAUGGAGUCGAUGUGGGUCGCCCGCAACCUCAAGUUCUACCCGCUCUCCGUUCACGCUGCGAUGACCGACCCCGAGGGGCCGCUUCGUUUCGUCGCCGACUCCUUCAAGGUCCCGACGGCAGAUAGCCCCCACGAGCCGCAGCUCUUCAAGGACCUCGACUCAUGGCAACUUCUGAACCUCCCCAUUUCUGUCACCCUUGGUAUCGGGGAGGAGCUGCUUCUCCAGUACGGCAUCACGAACGACUUCCUGACGUCUGCGCUCUCGCCGUAUCUGGUGCAAAGCACGGGCAUGGAGGAACUCAUUCGGAAGUACAACAUCACUGCCCCGCCUCAAUACCUGAUCUCGAACACGAAGCAUUACUCGUGGCCGAAGUCUGCGGCUCUCGUCGGCAUCGGGUCGUCGAACACGAUCCCCAUCCCUGUGGACUCGGAUGCGCGCAUCAACUUCGAGAAGCUCGAUGCCUUGCUGCAGGAGCGCCUCGACAACAAGCAGGCCGUCUACGGCGUCGUCGCCGUCAUCGGCUCGACGGAGGAAGGCGCGGUCGACCCCCUCGACAAGGUCAUAGAGCUGCGCAACAAGUACGCCGAGCUGGGCAUGACCUUCGUCGUGCACGCCGACGCCGCCUGGGGCGGCUACUUCGCGAGCAUGAUCCGUGACCCGCCCUCGGGCGGCAUCAGCCGGGAUGACGACGAGGAGGACGAGGACGGCUCGCGGGACUUCGUGCCGUCGAUCACGAUGCGGGAGUAUAGCGUGCGGCAGUUCGAUGCGCUGAAGGAUGCGGACUCGAUCACGAUUGACCCGCAUAAGGCGGGCUAUGUGCCGUAUCCAGCGGGUGGCCUCUGCUACAAGGAUGGCCGGAUGAGGUAUCUGGUGACGUGGACCGCGCCGUACCUGCACGAUAGCAACACGGGCGAGAGUAUCGGCGUGUACGGGAUCGAGGGCAGCAAACCUGGAGCGGCGGCCGUCGCCACUUUCAUGCACAAUAACAUCGUCGGGCUGCACAAGCAUGGCCAAGGCGCCCUUCUUGGCGAGGUCGCAUUUACCUGCCGCCGCUUCUCCGCGCACUGGGCUGCGAUGUCGGACGACAAGACCGACUUCAUCGUCGUACCUUUCAACAAGUUCGUCCACGAGGCCGAUGGCGAUGCGGCCAUCCUCGAGGAGAAGGCGUUCAUCCGGGAGAACAUCCUCGGCCAGAGCAACCAGGCGAUCGUGCAGAACAAGGACGCUCUCGAUGAGAUCUGCGGGCUCGGGUCCGAUUUGAACAUCAACGCGUUCGCGUGCAACUUCCGCAUCAAUGGCGAGGUCAACACGGAUGUGGCGGAGGCGAACUACCUGAACAGUCGUAUCUUCGAUAUUCUGUCGCUGACGGGCGUGGGCGAGCUGCCCGAGACGAUCCCAAUGUUCUUGAGUGCGACGACCUUCGCGCACGCGGACUAUGGCGAGUGUGCGGAUGCGUACAAGCGACGCUUGGGGCUCGAGACGGACUCGGAGCAGGAUCUCUUCGUAUUGCGCAACGUCUGCAUGUCUCCGUUCCAAGCAGCGGGCGACUUCGUCCAGGAGCUCGCGAAGAUCUUCCAGGAGACCCUCGAGAACGAGGUGCAGGUCGUCGUCAAGAGGAACACUGUGUCGCCUCAGAUUCACGAAUUCACAAUGCAGGGCAACGAGCAGCUAUAUCUCACGUACCGUCCUCUGUUCAACCACGCGAACGGUCGUCAGCAAGUGAUCCUGCGCGUUGGCGAGAUGCCCGCGGAUGCGUGGGAGAAGUAUAAGGCGGCUGUGGCGAAGUUCCCGGGCUCGACCUACACCUUGCGCACGUCGUCGGCAACCAAGAUGACCGAAGUCUUGAGGGCGUGCUCCUGCGGGGAGCGCAGCUUCACAGCCGACAUAUCCGGACCGGAGCUUGAUCUGCAGGCUGUCGAUCUGUCCAAGGUCGAGAUCGUCAAGCAGCGCGCGCUUAACUCGGCUUACUACGACAAGGCGUACCCCAAAACGACCACGCCGUUCUACGUGUACGGCUCGCCGACCGAGGUCCAUGCCGACCACAUGCUCCUCCGUGCCCCCAACGCCCAAAUCUCGUCUGCGCACGUCAAGCUCGGCCUUGAGUCGGUGUUGUCCGCCGAGCAACUCGCCCGCGGUGUGAUCGCCCACGUCGAGGUCCCCGAGCAAGCCCUCCAGCCCCUGGCCGAGCAGCACCCAUUCUCGCCCGGCGCCAAAUUCCGCGUCACCAUCACCGAGGACGCGUUCGACGCGACCGCCCACGGGCCGAACCUCGCGGAAGGCGGCGCGCAGCUCGCGACGGGCACGCUCACCCUCGGCCGCGCGGUGUACACGAACGUGGCGGAGCUGAACACGCAGGACUUCGAGGUGGACAAGCGCGCGGCGGACUACACGUCGACGGGCGCGAGCGGGGAGACGAAGGCGGAGUGGGCGCGCGUUAUUUCGGAGGAGCUGGGGUUGAAGCCGGCGGGUGGGAAGGUGGUGCAGCCGCCGAAGGGCAGCAACGUUGGCUCGGGCUCGGGCUUGGGCCUCGGGGCGAGGGUCUUCCAGGCUGGUGGCGAGGUCGCCGGAGGCGCCGUCAACGCGGGCGGCAGCGUGGCUGGAGGCGCCGUGAAGGGCGGCCUUGAGGUCACCGAGGGCAUGCGCAAGGCCGGCCAGACGCUCUUCAGCGGGUUCAGGCUUUAAAAUUUGAGAGAACGUUCGUUUGCACGCCGUGAAGGAUGAUGUUCUGGAGAUAUAUUUGCUGUAUCGAUGCUUGUAACACAAUGAGAGCUUGGUGAAUGGAAUUGCUCUUGACGGUC